AUGGCUGCAUCUCUCUUGAAAUUCUGCUUCCUUCUCCUAUUGGCUGCUCAGUUUGUGGCUCCUCAGUUGUUUGUGGUCCCUAAACCGAAUUAUAUCCUGAAUUCUCCAAUACUGAUGGACUUCGCAGAACAUUCCCUGGACGAUCAAUAUAAAGGCUGCAGAGACAAAAUGUUACAGAAAGUGCGAAAAGUUUACCUGCCUAGAGAAUUGAAACACAGCAAGAAGUUUAAAACUGCUUGGCAUCAGGCCAAAGCAGCAAUGAAAAAGAAACCUCUCAAUGGCCUGACACGAGAACAAGCCACGGCCAUCUACGCAUACUCCACCAAAUACAUUUACAGCGACUUCAACGCAGCGGUCAGAAACGGUGGUGGAAACAAUUACAAGGCGUUUCAGUUCAAGGCGCUGCAUUUUUACUUAACCGAUGCCCUGAAGAAGCUGCGAUCCAAAUAUAAAAACUGUUAUAAUGUGUACAGGGGUGUUUCCAAGCCUACAAGCGUGGGUAUCGGUAAAACUGUCCGCUUCGGCCAGUUCACCUCCACUUCCCGAAGCCUAAAGGUUGCAACAGGUUAUGGGAUGGCGACUGUGUUUGUCAUGCAAACCUGCCGAGGCGUGCCGAUCGACGAUUAUUCGUGGUUCAUAAAAAACGAAGAGGUGCUGGUGCCGCCAUUCGAGAGGUUCCGAGUGGUGAGCGUCAACGGGAAUCAAAUCAGACUGAAACCACUGCCAAAAACCAAAAGCAUUUACAACUGUCUGGCAGGCUAUGCCAUUACUGGCUGUGGCCAGGAGUUCCCAGGAGGCGCUGCCCAGACGGGGAGGGCUGAAGCCGUCCGGGUAAUCCCUGCCUCAUCACUGCGGCACACCAGCGACUCCUGUGGCGGCCAGGUGCCUGCCUGCAAACCGGCUGUGUUGUUGUCACCGGAUGUGUGA